GUUCUUGGGGUGGAAUCCAGAAGAUGUCAGUGUGUUCUUCCCACCCUCCCUCCAUGUGUGGCUGCAGUGACUGGGAUGUCACAUGGGCUCGACGUGGACCUGCAUAAGAAGAAACUCUCUUGCUGUGAAACGCUUGCACUUUCACGCAGCUGACGGUCUGAGGAAGCGCCGCCAUCCCUUAUCAUGCUGCUGCUGUGACAUCCUGCAGAUAAGCACUGCAGACAGACGAGGCAGAUGCCAAAACCCAUCCAGCAGGAGAGAGAGGAGCGACACUCUGACAGCUGAUUCCACAUCAGGCAGCGACUGAAAGCAGCUGCAUGAGAGACCGACCAUGGACCCGGUGAAUCAGACAGCCGGCCCAGAUCUCAACUUCACAGACUGUCCGAACAUCGACGACUUCCGGAACCGGGUCUACUCCACGUCCUACUCGCUGGUGACGGUGCUGGGCUUGGCCGGGAACGGCUUCGCCCUGGUGGUGCUGAUCAAGACGAGCAGCCGGAACAUUUCCUUUCACAUCUACAUGAUGAACCUGGUGGUGUCGGACCUGCUGUUCGCCAUGAUGCUCCCGAUGCGAGUUCUCUACUAUGUGAACAACGGCCACUGGUUCCUGGGAAGCUUCCUCUGCCGGAUCAGCUCCUACACCCUCUACGUCAACCUCUACAGUGGAAUCUACUUCAUGACCGCCAUGUCCGUCACUCGCUUCCUGGCCAUCGUUUACCCGGUGAAGAAUCUGACACUGGUGACGGACAAGCGCGCCCGCCUGGUGAGCGUGGCCAUCUGGGUGUUUGUUUGUCUCUCUUGUUCGCCCUUCCUCAUGUCUGGCCAGGAUAUCGACAAGGCAACCAAUAAAACCAAAUGCUUCGAGCCUCCCAAGCAGGGAAGCAGCCUGAAGAAGCUGGUCGUGCUGAACUACAUAUCUCUGGUCGCCGGCUUCAUCCUGCCCUUUCUGACCAUACUGAUCUGCUACGCCGGGAUCAUCCGCACCCUGGCCUCCCGCCACCACGCCGCCCGCCGCCACCGCGCCGCGGGGGUCCGGGCCAUCCGGAUGAUCGUCAUCGUGAUGCUGGCCUUCCUGGUCAGCUUCACGCCGUACCACGUGCAGCGCAGCGUCCACCUGAGCUUCCUGGCCCGCAGCGACACCAGCUGCCCGGAGAAGGUGCUCAUGCAGAAGUCGGUGGUGGUGACGCUCUGCCUGGCCGCCGCCAACUCCUGCUUCGACCCGCUCCUCUACUUCUUCUCCAGGGAAGGUUUCCGCACCCGCCUGAACUCCAUACACAAUUCAAUGAAGGGCAGCAGGGCGCAGCAAGGCAGCCCGCGGCUGGGGCAACCGCAGGAGGCGGCUCCCCAGUGAGUACUGGACGAAUCGCACGGGGCUCGUCAGGAUCCUGCCAGUGCCGGGCCAGGAGCACGACAAGCUGAAGACAUGCGUGUGGUAUUUAGGCAAUGUCCGGUUACAGUGGAAGAAAAAUAUUGUUUCAUUUCAUGUGAGAUCGAUACAACGUAUCAACACAUUAUUUCUUUUCUCCUUGAAGCUGCGGUCUGAAAUCCCCUCCCUGAUGUCUGGAUUUGUUAAGCGUCACAGUGAAGUCAAACACAGGUAGACACACCAGUGAACAGCAGGGGGUCUGUUUGCUUUAUGUGCCAGUAGGUAAUGUGCAGAUCUAGUUUUGACUACCUCAGCAGAGUUUGGAAAUCACUCUGUGUGAUGCCUUUAUUUCUCUUUUGUCAGUUGUUCAAAAAAAUCUUCACUUUUGGUUCCAAUAAUUUGUUUUUGAUCUGCAAUUUUUCAUCCUACUUUUGUUUCCCUACAUGUUUUUGUUUUUUUUACUCCUUCAAGUUGUAACAAAUAAUGUCAUAUUUUAUAAUUAGUUUUUAUGUUGUGUGUGAUCUUGUAAUACUGUGUACUUUGAGUGGUUCUAUUAAUUAGUUUCACACAAAUUGGAGGUAUUUGAACUCAUUUAAACUCUGAUAUUUCUUAUUUGCUCUUGUGUUCAGCGAAAGGACUGACAGCAGUUCCCUGUUUGUAGAGUAAAUAAGACGAUCAGCACAGCUUAGGAAAAAAAAACAACAAACCAGUCAGUUUUAUUUAAUGUUAAUAUAGUUUUGAGUGAUGCCCUUACAUGCUGUCAAAUGUUUGAUAUGUCAAUAUGUAAUCAGGGAAGAGAUUUUUUUUAAAGAAAUAUAUCAAAUGUUUUUAAGCUUAAACUUCAGGAUAAUAUGGUCCUGCUGAACACAGAGCUAAUAUCUGGCAGCAAUUACUGAGAAAAGUAAAUGCUAUAAUGUUGCAUUUGUAGGCUAAUAGUAUUUUGUAUUGAUCAGAAUCAGAAAACACAUUUUAGAAGGAAUCCCGUGAAAAUUUGAGAAUUUUUUUCAUAUCAUAGUUUUUUUUUUUUAAUAAAUUAUUAUUCUAUUAAGUUGUAUUUUUUCAAAACAGGCAGAAAGGCCGGUGUUAUGAUGUGAAUAUCAGCUGAGUGUUAACAUUCACUGUUUAUAAAGAUUUCUGUGAGUUCUCCACUUAUCAUUUUAAUCUAUUCAGUUUUUUUUCUGUUGCAUUUCUGUUCCAACAACACAUGCUGUUAGUGUCAGACUGAAUGAAUGUUUUGAAAGGAUCAAGUCUAUCUUAUGUUAACACUGUGCCAUGAAUGUAAAAGCACGCUGUUGGACCGUGAGAGGAAAAGGAAACAAAGCAGGGAUCUUCAAGGAUAACAUGCAAACUGUGCACAGAAGAACAGAUGAGUCGUGGUCGACAACCUCCCAGAGAAGCACGAGCAAGAAUCAAAAACUUUCGUGAUGAGCAUACAGAUGUAUCUCUUUAUCCAACACUUAGCACGAAGUCCAUCUCUUAGAAUAUCAAGCUGCUCUUUUUCACUGUUGAAUUAUUUUGCUCACUGUUGAAUGUGCUCUUGUUUGUGUAAUAAACUCAUGAAACAA